AUGACUGAAGAGCAAGGCAAAUAACGAUUUGCAUAUACGGCACCAAAAUAAAUUUUGGAAGAAGCUGCAUAAAUUGGUGAAGACAAUUAAACAAGAAAGUAAAAUUUAGACAAAGUUGAAGAAAAGUUCAAGUAUAAGCAAAAGAACCGCUAGUUGAGUCCAGAAAGAAAAGAUGUGUUCAAUGAUUAAGGAGGUGAGAAUGGGAGAACAUAUGCAGAAAUCAUGAUCUAAUAAGACCUAGAGAAUUCGAGAUCUGAAAUUGAAAAUAAAAUAAAAAAGACCGAGACAUUAAAUAAGGAGGAAAAAAAAUUAGUAAAAUAAUAAGUGAAGGUGGAAUAAAAUGUUGCUUAAUAAAUAAAAUAGGAAAGAUCAGAAUGGGAAUAAGAAAGCAAAGAUGUUACUAAAAAGCCUUAAAAAUGGGAAACCCCAUCAAGAGGUAUUUUUAAAUAGUUCAUAAAUAUUUAGAUGGUCCAUAAUCAUCAGCAAGAGCAUCGAGAUGGGAUAAUACUAAUAAAUUAUAAGCAACUCCAGGUAGAACAGGAACAGUAUUUGGUGAAACACCAACUCCAGGACAUAUGGAAAUUGGAGAUACACCAUAUAAAUAUGGAGAAACUCCAACUCCUAACCGUUCUUACAUAAAAGCUAGAUGGGGAGAGAGAACACCAUUAGGCGGAUAAUCUGGAUUUGGAGGAGGAAUGACACCACAUACACCAGGAACUGUUACGAGAACACCUAUGACACCAGGAUAAUUAGGAAAUAUGACACCUGAUAGAGUAUACUAAUUUAGAUUAGAAAAAGAAAUGGAAGAAAGAAAUAAAUAUAUGACAGAUGAAGAAUUGAAUAGUAUAUUACCAGGUCCUAAAGAUGGUUAUGAAGUAAUCAUACUUUUAUAAAAUAGAUAUUAAAAGCACCUGAAAAUUAUAAACCAUUAAAAUCAUCAUUAAAGAAAUUACUUAAUGCUAAAAAUAGUAUUGAAUCCCCAGUUCAAUAUUAAAUUCCAGAAUCAAUUCGUAUUGAAGUUUCAGCUACACCAUCACAUCCUACUAUUGGAUAAUUACCAGCAAUUAAACCAGAAGAAUAUAAUUUAUUCUCUGCUUUACUUUAACCAAUAAAUGAAGAUGAAUUAACACCCGAAUAAGCAAAAGAAAGAAAAAUCAUGGCUUUGUUAUUAAAAAUUAAGAAUGGAACUCCUUAAAUGAGAAAAUCUGCAUUAAGAUAAAUAACUUAAAGUGCUCGAGAAUUUGGACCUGCUCCAUUAUUCAAUUAGAUUUUACCAUUAUUAAUGUCUCCAACUUUAGAAGAUCAAGAGAGACAUUUAUUGGUUAAAGUUAUUGAUAGAGUGUUAUUUAAAUUAGAUGAUUUGGUUAGACCAUAUGUACAUAAAAUAUUAGUUGUAAUCUAACCAUUGUUAAUUCAUGAAGAUUACUAUGCAAGAGUUGAAGCAAGAGAAAUUAUAUCUAAUUUAGCUAAAGCAGCUGGUUUAGCUACUAUGAUAACUACCAUGAGACCUGAUAUUGAUCAUAAUGAUGAUUACGUAAGAAAUACUACUGNAGGAGGUGAGAAUGGGAGAACAUAUGCAGAAAUCAUGAUCUAAUAAGACCUAGAGAAUUCGAGAUCUGAAAUUGAAAAUAAAAUAAAAAAGACCGAGACAUUAAAUAAGGAGGAAAAAAAAUUAGUAAAAUAAUAAGUGAAGGUGGAAUAAAAUGUUGCUUAAUAAAUAAAAUAGGAAAGAUCAGAAUGGGAAUAAGAAAGCAAAGAUGUUACUAAAAAGCCUUAAAAAUGGGAAACCCCAUCAAGAGGUAUUUUUAAAUAGUUCAUAAAUAUUUAGAUGGUCCAUAAUCAUCAGCAAGAGCAUCGAGAUGGGAUAAUACUAAUAAAUUAUAAGCAACUCCAGGUAGAACAGGAACAGUAUUUGGUGAAACACCAACUCCAGGACAUAUGGAAAUUGGAGAUACACCAUAUAAAUAUGGAGAAACUCCAACUCCUAACCGUUCUUACAUAAAAGCUAGAUGGGGAGAGAGAACACCAUUAGGCGGAUAAUCUGGAUUUGGAGGAGGAAUGACACCACAUACACCAGGAACUGUUACGAGAACACCUAUGACACCAGGAUAAUUAGGAAAUAUGACACCUGAUAGAGUAUACUAAUUUAGAUUAGAAAAAGAAAUGGAAGAAAGAAAUAAAUAUAUGACAGAUGAAGAAUUGAAUAGUAUAUUACCAGGUCCUAAAGAUGGUUAUGAAGUAAUCAUACUUUUAUAAAAUAGAUAUUAAAAGCACCUGAAAAUUAUAAACCAUUAAAAUCAUCAUUAAAGAAAUUACUUAAUGCUAAAAAUAGUAUUGAAUCCCCAGUUCAAUAUUAAAUUCCAGAAUCUAUUCGUAUUGAAGUUUCAGCUACACCAUCACAUCCUACAAUAGGUUAAUUACCAGCAAUUAAACCAGAAGAAUAUAAUUUAUUCUCUGCUUUACUUUAACCAAUAAAUGAAGAUGAAUUAACACCUGAAUAAGCAAAAGAAAGAAAAAUCAUGGCUUUGUUAUUAAAAAUUAAGAAUGGAACUCCUUAAAUGAGAAAAUCUGCAUUAAGAUAAAUAACUUAAAGUGCUCGAGAAUUUGGACCUGCUCCAUUAUUCAAUUAGAUUUUACCAUUAUUAAUGUCUCCAACUUUAGAAGAUCAAGAGAGACAUUUAUUGGUUAAAGUUAUUGAUAGAGUGUUAUUUAAAUUAGAUGAUUUGGUUAGACCAUAUGUACAUAAAAUAUUAGUUGUAAUCUAACCAUUGUUAAUUCAUGAAGAUUACUAUGCAAGAGUUGAAGCAAGAGAAAUAAUAUCUAAUUUAGCUAAAGCAGCUGGUUUAGCUACUAUGAUAACUACCAUGAGACCUGAUAUUGAUCAUAAUGAUGAUUAUGUAAGAAAUACUACUGCCAGAGCAUUUGCUAUCGUAGCUUCAGCCUUAGGUAUACCAGCAUUAUUGCCAUUCUUAAAAGCUGUUUGUUAAAGUAGAAAAAGCUGGUAGGCUAGACAUACUGGUAUUAAAAUAGUACAAUAAAUCAGUAUUUUUAUGGGUUGUGCUAUUUUACCUCAUCUCAAAUCGCUUGUCGAAAUUAUAUAACAUGGAUUAAAAGACGAAUAAUAAAAAGUAAAAACAAUUACAGCUUUAGCAUUAGCUGCUUUGGCGGAAGCCUCUUUUCCAUAUGGUAUUGAAGCAUUUGAUAAUGUGCUUAUUCCUUUGUGGGAAGGCAUAAAAACACAUAAGGGUAAAGGAUUAGCAGCAUUUCUAAAAGCGAUAGGAUUCAUCAUUCCAUUAAUGGAUGUAGAACAUGCAACAGAGUAUGUUAAAGCAAUAGUUCCUAUAUUGAAAAAUUAAUUUGAAAUAUAGGAAGAAGAAAUGAAGAAAAUUGUAUUAAUGGUAAUAAAAUAAUGCAUAUAAUGUGCAGGUAUAGAGGCUGUUUAUGUAAGAGAUCAAAUAAUGCCUGAAUUUUUCAAAUAUUAUUGGAGUAAAAGAACAGCAACAGAUAGAAGAAAUUAUAGAUAGAUGGUCGAAACUACAUGUGAAAUAGCUGCUAAAGUAGGAGCAGCAGAAAUUUUAGAAAGAAUAGUAGGAGAUUUAAAAGAUGAAAAUGAAUCAUUCAGAAAAAUGGUAGUUGAAACAAUAGAAAAAUUUAUAAAUUAACUUGGAGUUUCAGAUAUAGAUUAAAAAUUAGAAAAUAGAUUAAUGGAUGGUGUAUUAUGGGCAUUCAAUGAAUAAUAGAGUGAAGAUACAUAAACAAUGCUUAGUGGAUUUGGAUCUAUUAUUAAUGCAUUCGGUAGUAGAUCAAAACCAUAUUUCAGUUAAUUAGGAGGUGUUUUAUAAUGGAGAUUAUCAAAUAAAUCUCCAAGAGUUAGAUAAUAAGCAGCUGAUUUAAUUGGUAAAAUAGCAGUUUGUAUGAAAAAUUGUUAAGAAGAAGCUAGAUUAGGAAGAUUAGGCUAAUUAUUAUUUGAAUGUUUAGGUGAAGAAUAUCCAGAAGUUUUAGGAUCUAUAUUAGGAGGAUUAAAGGCAAUAGUAAAUGUAAUAGGAAUGAAUAAAAUGUCCCCUCCUAUUAAAGAUUUAUUACCAAGAUUAACACCAAUUUUAAAAAAUAGACAUGAAAAAGUUUAAGAAAAUUGUAUUGAUUUAGUUGGUAGAAUAGCAGAUAGAGGACCAGAACAUGUUUCUCCAAAAGAAUGGAUUAGAAUAUGUUUUGAUUUAUUAGAUUUAUUAAAAGCACAUAAAAAAGGUAUAAGAAGAGCUACUAUUAAUACAUUUGGUUAUAUAGCAAAGGCUAUUGGACCUUAAGAUGUUUUAUCUACUCUUUUAAAUAAUCUAAAAGUAUAAGAAAGAUAACUUCGUGUUUGUACAACAGUAGCAAUUGCAAUAGUAGCAGAAACAUGUGGUCCAUUUACUGUAUUACCUGCUUUAAUGAAUGAAUAUAGAGUUAGAGAACUCAAUGUUUAAAAUGGUGUUUUAAAAUCAUUAUCUUUUAUGUUCGAAUACAUAGGUCCAACAGCAUAUUCUUAUAUUAAUUCAGUUAUACCAUUAUUAAUUGAUGCUUUGACUGAUAGAGAUCUUGUUCAUAGAUAAACUGCUUCUUCUGCUGUCAAACAUUUAGCUCUUGGUGUUUAAUGUUUAGGAUGCGAAGAAUAACUUAUGCAUUUACUUAACCAUGUUUGGCCAAAUAUUUUUGAAACUUCACCACAUGUUAUUAAUGCUGUAAUGGAAGCUAUUGAAGGUAUGAGAGUUAGUCUUGGACCUGGAAAUAUUUUACUUUAUGCUUUAUAAGGACUUUAUCAUCCUGCAAGAAGAGUAUAAUUUAUUUUUUUAUAUUAUUAGGUGAGAUUGAUAUAUUGGAGAAUUUACAAUAUGAUUUAUGUUGGCAGUUCUGAUGCUUGUGUUGCAUUCUAUCCAACUUUUCCUAAUGACCAGUAUAAUUCUUAUGAAAAAUACGAAUUAAAUUUAACAUUAUGAGUGUUC